CUGGUUAUCGUCCGUCCAGCGCAGCCCGGAGUCGCCCAGACCUGAACUCCUACCCAGGUCCCCGGCCUGGCCCCAGCAGGCUCGACCCCGGCCCCGGGCCCGCGAGGACACCGGAGGUCACCCCCCGGGGGUGGGAGCGGAGCCGCGGGUCAGCUCUGCGAGCGCCCGCGCUGGCCUGUCCGGCCCCGCCCCUGCCCCGGGCCAUGGCCCAGUCCUUGUCCCGGCCCCUUUUCCUAUCCAGAUUCGGGCCUUGGCCCCCGACCCCGCCCUCGCCCCGCUUUCCACAUAGGUUCCAGCUACGGCCUGGGUCCCAGCGCAUGCCCAGGUCCGGGUACCAGCUCAGGCCGCCACUCCAGUCCCUGGCCUGGCCCCCAUCCCAGCGCCUGCCCCUGUUUCACCUCCUUUCCCAAAUCCCAGCCCAGCCCUUGUCCCAGACCCAUUCUCAAAAUUUGCUUAAGCCCGGGGCCCAACCCCUGCCCCUCCUCCGGUCCCCAUCACAGUCUCUUCUUCCAUCACAUCUCCUACCCUUGCAUAAGUCCCAGUGCCCAGCCCAGCCCAACUCUUUAUCCCAGUCUUUGCCCUCAUCUCUGUGUUUACCCAGGUCUCUCCCACUACCCAGCCCUCUCUUUCAUACCCUGCCCCUCUCCCAGCCUCGACUCAGGUCUGGGCUCCAGCUGCCGUCAGCCUUACUGCUACUGUUGCUGUUGUCUGUCCUUGGCCCAGGGGCUGGAGGCCUCUUCCUGACUGACUACUCCACCUGCUCACCCCGCAAGCUGAGUCCCUUCCGCUCCUUCGCCAGCACCGAGCUCUUCCACUUCCAUGUUCCCGAAGACACAUUCCUGGCCGUGUGGAACCUCAUCAUCUUCAAAGAGCAGGGGGGAACCUUUGGGGACCACUGCCCAGACCAAAGUGUGACUGUGUAUUUCCGUUCUGGGGCACCCCCUGUCAUCAAUCCCCUGCACACACACUUCCCAGGGGAUACGGCUGUGCCUGGGGUUUUCUCACUGACUCUCAGCUGGACACUGCCCAACCGCACCUCUGGCAUCUUUAACGUCAGCAGCCCCUUACCUGGGGACUGGUUCUUGGCUGCCCACCUGCCCCGGACCCACGGCCACAUCUCUGUCAAGGGUCUCCAGGAUGAGUGUCAGUACCUCCUUCAGCCGCAGCUGAUCGUCCGGCGUUUGUUGGACGUGGCUGUGCUGGUGCCUGGGCGACCCUCUGAGCAGACCCUCUCCCUCCACAAUCGCUCAGCCCUGUACAAGGUCUUUGUGCCCAGCUUCACUUACAGGGUUUCAGCGCAGCUGGUGUGCGUGGGGGGCCGCGGGGCAUCCGCCUGCCCCCUGACGCUGCGCCUACGUCCCAAGGCCCCACCCCUGCACAACUCAAGCUCUGUGGCCUGUGGAGGUGCCUCGGUAUGCCAGCUGGAGCUGGCACUGCCCCCGUGGGGGCACUGGGUCUACGUGCGUGUGGAGACACCAUCCCGGGGCCCUGGCAGAACCGUCUGCUUCCAGCUGUGUGUGCGGUUGCAAGAGUGCCCACAGCCCAGCCUGUCCCAUGCCCUGGUCCCCGGAGCUGCCAUGAACAUGCCCCAGUCACUGGGCAACCAGCCACUGCCCCCAGAGCUGUCAUCCCUCGGGGCCCCUGCUGAGGGGCCCGGGGCCACAUCCCCACCUGAGCACUGCUGGCCAGUGCGCCCGACGCUGCGCAAUGAGCUGGACACCUUCUCCGUCCACUUCUACGUCUUCUUUGGCCCCAGCGUGGCCCUCCCCCCUGAACGCCCAGCCGUGUUUGCCCUGAGGCUGCUGCCAGUGCUGGACAGCGGAGGCGUCCUCAGCCUGGAGCUCCAGCUCAACGUGAGCUCCCUGCGCCAGGAAAAUGUGACAGUGUUCGGAUGCCUGACUCACGAGGUGCCCUUGAGCCUGGGGGAUGCAGCAAUGACUUGUUCCAAAGAGUCCCUGGCCGGCUUCCUCCUCACGGUCAGUGCCACCUCCCGAGUGGCCAGGCUGCGAAUCCCGUUCCCGCAGACGGGGACCUGGUUCCUGACCCUGCGCUCCCUCUGCGGGGUGGGGCCUCGGUUCGUGAGGUGCCGGAACGCGACGGCCGAGGUGCGGUUGCGCACUUUCCUGUCCCCGUGCGUGGACGACUGCGGGCCCUACGGCCAGUGCAAGCUGCUGCGCACGCAUAACUACCUGUACGCGGCCUGCGAGUGCAAGGCCGGAUGGCGGGGAUGGGGCUGCACCGACAGUGCGGAUGCGCUCACCUACGGAUUCCAGCUUCUGUCCACGUUACUGCUCUGCCUGAGCAACCUCAUGUUUUUGCCCCCCGUGGUCCUGGCCAUUCGGAGCCGAUAUGUGCUGGAAGCGGCUGUCUACACCUUCACCAUGUUCUUCUCCACGUUCUACCAUGCCUGUGACCAGCCAGGCAUUGUGGUUUUCUGCAUCAUGGACUACGACGUGCUGCAGUUCUGUGACUUCCUGGGCUCUUUAAUGUCCGUGUGGGUCACUGUCAUUGCCAUGGCUCGCUUACAGCCUGUGGUCAAGCAGGUCAGUGCAGAGUGGGCCCUGGGGGACAACCAUAGCCACAGUCUACUUGAAAUCCACUUCCCGAUCUCUCCUGGGGGCAUUGCCAAGUGCCUCUCCAUCCCGGCCCAGCCCCUGGAGACCUCUUUCUCUAGGUGCUGUACUUGCUGGGGGCUAUGCUGCUGUCCAUGGCUCUGCAGCUUGACCGGCAUGGACUCUGGAACCUGCUUGGACCCAGUCUCUUUGCCCUGGGGAUCUUGGCCACAGCCUGGACAGUACGCAGCGUCCGCCGCCGGCACUGCUACCCGCCCACGUGGCGCCGCUGGCUUUUCUACCUGUGCCCAGGCAGCCUUAUCGCGGGCAGUGCCAUCCUGCUCUAUGCUUUUGUGGAGACUCGAGACAACUACUUCUACAUUCACAGCAUUUGGCAUAUGCUCAUCGCUGGCAGUGUGGGCUUCUUGCUGCCCCCUCGUGCCAAGACUGACCACCAGGUCCCAUCUGGAGCCCGGGCCCGGGGCUGCGGUUACCAGCUGUGCAUCAAUGAGCAGGAGGAGCUGGGCCUUGUGGGCCCGGGAGGGGCCACUGUCAGCAGCAUCUGUGCCAGCUGAGAGGGGCUUUGGGCUGCCCUUGGGGAACGUGAACUCUUCCCCGGGGCAGAGAGCCCUUCCUUGGGUUCUUCCUGGGAGCAUGGAGUCCUCCCAGGGAUAAGAGACAAGUUGUAUUUCUUGAGGACAUGGAGUCUUUCUUAAGGACACGGAACUCUUUCAGGGGCCUGGCACACUUCCGAGGGCCUGGAGUCCUCCUGCAUCUUCAGGACUGGAGCCCGUGCAGGGCCACAGAGCCCCCUCAGGACCAAGGAGUCCCUCCCAGGGGUGUGGAACCCUUCCCUGGGUAUGGAACCCUCCUGAGGACAUGGAUUCCUUCCCUGGGAGACCAGGCCCUCUCAGGACAUGGCGUCGUUCCUAAGGAAACGGAGUCCAUCCUGGGGAAGCUGAGUCUCCAGAUCUUCCCAGCAGCUCAGCAACUCUGGGCUCGGGCUUCCUUCCCAGAGGCAGGAUCUGGGCUGGACUGCGCUGGGAGGGGGAUGCAGGACAGAUGGGGCUGGGACUGGGGCUGCGGUGGCUGGUAUCCUGAGUUGAUGCAGGUGGAGUCUGGUGUGUCUCCAAUGAAGUAUUUGCUGGUUC